UCGCUGCACCGUGGUCUGGGUUAGGAGCCGGCCUCUGGACCUGCGGAAGGGCCGGGCGUGGGCGCCCACCGCCUGGCUUUCCCGGGAUCUCCGGGACGGACAGACCGGCGUCGGGGCACGGGCCUCCCCUCGGCCCGGCCUUGCGCCCCGCACCCUCGGCCUCCCCGGCUUCCAGCCCCUGCUGCGGCUCCAGCAACCCCCGGCCUGGCGCCCCUCCCAGGCUGGGAGCUCCCUCCCCGCGCUCACCUGCGCCGCGCGCUGGGGGCGGGGCCGCUGAGGAUGACAAAGCAGCGGCCGGAGGCGCGGGACCCGCCCCCCGCGCUCGGCGGGUGCGUCGGCUGCCCCGGCGCGGCUGUUAUGGAAACCGGCUGGGCGCGCAGCGGGCGAUGAUGGGGCGGCCAUGGCCGGGGCCGGCGGCUGCAGCGCGGGCGCGGCGGCCGGGGAGCGGGCGGCGGGCGGCGGGCAGCCGGAGCCGUGGGAGCUGUCCCUGGACGAGGUGCUGAAGGCGUACGAGCAGCCCAUCAACGAGGAGCAGGCGUGGGCCGUGUGCUUCCAGUGCUGCCGCGGGCUGCGGGGCGCGCCGGGCGGCCGGCGGCGCAUCCGGGACACGGCGGACAUCCUCCUGCGCAGGGACGGCUCGGUCGGCGCGCGGCUGGAGCCCGGCGCAGCGGAGCCCGCAACCAUGGUGGUGUCACCGGCCAACUCAGAAGCCCAGAUGGUGCAGUCGCUGGGCUUCGCUGUGUAUCGGGCGCUGGACUGGGGGCUGGACGAGAGCGAGGAGCGGGAGCUCAGCCCACAGCUGGAGCAGCUCAUCGACCUGAUGGCCAACAGCGACUGCGAUGAUGACGAGGACGGUGGCUGCGGGGUGGCAGACGAGGGCUAUGGGGCCCCUGAGGAGGAGGAGGAGGUGGAAGGCAGCCCCCGCGUCGUGCGCACCUUCGCGCAGGCCAUGCGGCUGUGCGCAGCGCGCCUGACGGACCCGCGGGGCGCCCAGGCCCACUACCAGGCGGUGUGCCGGGCGCUGUUCGUGGAGACGCUGGAGCUGCGGGCUUUCCUCGCCAGAGUUCGUGAGGCCAAGGAGAUGCUGCAGAAACUUCGGGAGGACGAGCCUCGGGCGGAGCAGCCACUGGCGGAGCUUGACAACCUGGGGCACACGGACUGGGCCCGGCUCUGGGUGCAGCUCAUGCGGGAACUUCGCCACGGUGUGAAGCUCAAGAAGGUGCAGGAGCAGGAGUUCAACCCGCUGCCCACCGAGUUUCAGCUCACCCCCUUCGAGAUGCUGAUGCAGGACAUCCGCGCCAGGAACUACAAGCUGCGCAAGGUCAUGGUCGAUGGGGACAUCCCUCCCAGGGUGAAGAAGGACGCGCACGAACUCAUCCUGGACUUCAUCCGCUCCCGGCCUCCACUGAAGCAGGUCUCGGAGAGAAGGCUCCGCCCCCUGCCCCAGAAGCAGAGGACCCUGCACGAGAAGAUCCUGGAGGAGAUCAAGCAGGAGCGGAGGCUGCGCCCCGUGGCCGCCGAGCGCUGGGGUGGCCGGGGGUUUGGCUCUCUGCCCUGCAUCCUCAACGCCUGCUCUGGGGAUGUCAAGUCCACUUCCUGCAUCAACCUGUCCCUGACGGACGCUGGGAGCUGUGCCCGACGCCCAAGGCCCCGGGUCCUGCUGAAGGCGCCCACACUGGCAGAGAUGGAGGAGAUGAACACGUCGGAGGAGGAAGAGUCUCCGUGUGGGGAGGUGACCCUGAAGCGGGACCGCUCUUUCUCAGAGCACGACCUCGCCCAGCUCCGGGCAGAAGGGGCGUCUGGGCUGCAGCCAGCCACUCAGCCCCCAAGAGGCUUGGAGCCGUCUCGCGCCCGUGCGGGCAGCAUGCACACCUGCCGACCCAGCACCCAGGAGCAGGGUCCCUUCCCUGUGAGCGUCCAGUCCCAGGCUGAUCCCAGCUCCUCCCGACACGGUGACCUGAGCUCAGUAGGGGACAGGCCAGAGGCCUCUGCCACCCCAGACACCAAUCACCUGUGGCUGGAGUUCAGCCACCCCGCGGAGAGCCUGGCUCUGACCGUGGAGGAGGUGAUGGGCGUGCGCCGCGUGCUGGUCAAGGCUGAGAUGGAGAAGUUCCUGCAGAACAGGGAGCUCUUCAGCAGCCUGAAGAAGGGGAAGAUUUGCUGCUGUUGCCGAAGCAAAUUCCCGCUGUUUUCCUGGCCGUCCACCUGUCUCUUUUGCAAAAGAGCGGUCUGCACCUCCUGCAGCGUAAAGAUGAAGAUGCCUUCUAAGAAGUUUGCACACAUCCCUGUCUACACCCUGGGCUUUGAGAGUCCUCAGAGGGUGGCAGCGUCCAAAGCCACAGUGACACAGAGGAGAGAUGCCUUCCAGUCCCUGCAGGGGCCCCAGUGGCAGAGUGUGGAGGAGGAGUUCCCGCACAUGUACACCCACGGCCGCGUCCUGAAGGACGUCUGCAGCGACUGCACCAGCUUUGUGGCGGACGUGGUGCGCUCAAGCCGCAAGAGUGUGGACGCCCUCAAUACCACUCCUCGCCGCACUCGCCAGACCCAGUCCCUCUACGUCCCGAGCACCUGGACUCUUGACUACCAGUGAUAGCCCUUGCCACCCCAGGCCACCUGGCGAGAGCCUUUUCAAGGUGGCCUCAGGUGGCCAGGCCUCUGGGGAGGAGCUGGGCCCAUUCUGGACCAGGCUGGACACCCUCUCACCCUGUCCCAGGGCCCAGCUGCCAGCAGCCUCCCAAGUGUGCAUGUACAUAUAUACAUAUAUAGAUACAUUUAUAUAACACAUACACAGCCUAUAUAUUUAUAUACAUUUCCUGGCCCCUCCCCCAUCAGGCUCAUUUCCAGUACCCUCCCCGGGAGGCUGUUUCCUCUGGACUCCUUGGGUGGGGUGGGGAUGGCACAGGAUGGGAAGGAGGGCAGACUGGAGGCAGGCCGGGGGGGGGGUUCUGGGGAAGACCCUGCCCCUGCAGUGAUUCUCCAUCCCUCCUCGGGUGGAUGUCCUGGCUGGGAAGGGCACCUUGGUCUGGGGGGCAUGGAGCGCCCGGCUCACGUCUGUGCUCUGCAGCAGGGAUGCAGGCUUCGGAGGCACCUGGGAAACCUGCAUGGGCUGAGCCUCUCCCAGGCAGGUGUCCCAAGGCCAUCCCCUGGGAAGGUCUGUGGCCAGGUUCACUCCCUGCCCAAUGCCACACCCUGCGACGCCUUGGGUCUGGUCACCUGGGGGAGCCUGUACCUGUGGGUUAUGUUCUCGGCCUAAUAAAGGUGGUCUCAUAGUCUCCUGUCGGGGCGU